GGAAGUAUCUCUGCCAUCUGGAUUUUGUUGCUGUUUCUUUUCACGGAAUUCCAUUUCUGUUUCCUCCGAGUGGAAGCUUUUCUUCUGUAAUUUGCGGUACAUUUUCUAUAUUUUAAAAUGCCACCCAAAUUUGAUCCUAAUGAAGUAAAAAUUGUUUACUUGAGAUGUGUUGGAGGAGAAGUCGGAGCUACUUCAUCAUUGGCUCCUAAAAUUGGUCCCCUUGGUUUGUCUCCAAAGAAAGUUGGUGACGACAUUGCCAAGGCCACAGCUGACUGGAAAGGUCUGAAGAUCACUGUUCAACUCACCAUCCAGAACAGACAGGCUGCCAUCUCAAUCGUCCCUUCAGCUGCCUCUCUAAUCAUCAAAGCCCUCAAAGAACCACCCAGGGACAGGAAGAAGGUCAAGAAUGUCAAACACAGCUCGAAUCUUCCUUUUGAAGAAGUUGUCAACAUUGCCAAGACAAUGAGGCCACGAUCCAUGUCGAGGAAAAUGGAGGGAACGGUGAAGGAGAUUCUUGGAACCUGCCAGUCUGUCGGAUGUACAGUGGAAGGCAAACAACCUCACGACAUCAUUGACGCCAUCAACAAUGGAGAGAUGGAAGUUAGUGAAGAAUAAUUUUUAAGUCGCUGUUGAAAAAAUUAAAAACAAUAAAAACAUUUAUAUAUAUAAAUAU